AUGCAGCCCGUCUUCCCGAGCGUGCCCCUCGAACUUGUCGCCCGCCUCUCCCACCUUUGCAAGCUCAACUGCUCCUGGAUAUGGGAGCGUCUUCCCGUUGCCUUUGGUUCCCGGGCGCUGCGCAUGUAUGCCCGCGUCUGGGCAGGUCCUUGGCGCGAUGCCCGCGCCGAGUUCGGGCGGGGUGUGCGCCGACAUGACGCACGCUUA